AUGGUGACCGCGAAGUGGGGAGUCGAGGAAGUUUCCAACUGGUUGGCGGAAGUUGGGUUUCCCCAGCUGGUCGAUGGCUUCCGUGAACAAGGGGUGGAUGGAGAGGUUCUUCUUGGGUUGACGACUGAAGACCUGAAAGAGGAGUUCCAAAUGAAGCUGGGUGAGCGGAAGAAACUCAUUGACCGCAUUGAGAACUUGAAGGAGAAGGCAAACAUUGGCAUUCUGCGCUCCGCGCCCUCCGCUCUUGACUCGAGGUGUGGGACUCCGGAGCUUGAGAAACUCUACUUGCUGGACGGCCGCAACAUCGCUUGCCAAGGAGGUGAAAGCCCUGACAGACCGAAUUUGAAGAAGUUGAGCACGGCUAUGAAGUGGCAUAUUGAACAUCGGCCAGACUGGAAAGUGGAGACGUUUGUUUACCAGGCACUUAUGGAGAAGUGGCAAAAGGACCACGCGGAAGACAUGAAGGAUCUUGCUCAGUGUCUGACUGUGACUCCAAGGCGGGAGGACGUGGACAAGUUCAUCAUCCGCAAAGCUGUGGAUGCUGCCAAGAGCGGAUGUCUCGUGAAGAUUGUCUCCAACGACAAUUUUCGGGAGUACAUUGGCACGGUCAAUGAUUUUCACUUCUCAGAAGAUUGGGUGCGGGAACAUGUCAUCAAGUUUUGCUUCUCUGCGGGUUCUCAAGAGUUCAUACCAGCUGAUGGCUUUGGUACGGAGUUACCCUGUGAGCUUCAAACUGCAGAGCCAGAACCGUCUGUUCCAGAGAGGCCCAAGUCUUUGAUCUUUGAUUCCGCAAAGUGA